UCCCCCGACCUGCGACCUGCGGCGGAGCAGCGCCGCGCGCGAAGAUGGCGGGGCCGCGGCGAGGCGCGGGGCUCCUCUGGGCACUGGGCGGCGCCGCCCUGGGGGUUUGCCUCGCAGGGGUCGCCGGGCAGCUGGUGGAGCCCAGCACAGCCCCACCCAAGCCCAAGCCGCCCCCGCUGACCAAGGAGACGGUGGUGUUCUGGGACAUGCGUCUGUGGCACGUGGUGGGCAUCUUCUCGCUUUUCGUGUUGUCCAUCAUUAUCACUCUUUGCUGUGUCUUCAACUGUCGCGUGCCACGGACCCGGAAGGAGAUUGAAGCCCGGUAUCUGCAGCGAAAGGCAGCCAAGAUGUACACGGACAAACUGGAGACUGUGCCACCCCUCAACGAGCUCACAGAAAUCCCUGGAGAGGAUAAGAAGAAGAAGAAGAAGGACAGUGUGGAUACAGUGGCCAUCAAGGUAGAGGAGGAUGAGAAGAAUGAGGCCAAGAAGAAGAAAGGAGAGAAAUGAGGAGAGCUUUCUGGAGGUGGCAGCUGGGGCUGGCCAGCCCUAGGGCUCAUGGUCCUGCCAGCGUCCAGACAUCUUAGACUCCAAGCUCACACAUGGACCCCAGAGGUUGCAGAGAACCCUCUCCCUGUAGAGAGGAAGUUGCAGGGGCCCAGGACCCUGUCCCCGAGCCUAUAGGAGCAAGGACAAAACUGUACCAGAUGUGCCACCUCCUGGCCUGGACGCCAACCCCUUUCACCCCAUCCACGUGGCCGCUCAGCAGAGGUGGUCUGUA